AUGGAAUCCCAAAACGCUGUCCGAUAUGGACAUUUAUUUGUUGAUGAAAACAAUGACCAAUAUCUUUUCAUUCGCCACCUUGCCAGCGGCGCCGAGGCCCACGUACAACUGGUUACGAAGAUCGGCCCACAAGCUGGCUUGUUCGUUAGGAAAGUUGAAAUCACUCGUCUUCGAAGCAUAAAACAAGACAGCGAGCAAGAGUGCCUGCGGCAUAUUCAGUCACAGGUCCAGCAGUCAUUGUCCAGACCUAACAUCGUGUCCCUCAGAUCUGCCGAAGACAUUCAGGGACGACCAAGCCAGCAUGGCCGGAUCUUCCACCGGGUAAAGUAUCUCGAUUUCUACAACUGUGGUGAUUUGAAUGUUCUAAUCUCAUGGGAUGAGAAUAAUACCUUGCCGGAUUUCUACAUCGCAGACUUCGGUCAAGCUUGCCUCGAUCUCUGGAGCGUGCGCAAUAUCGAUUUCGCCCCCAAUAGGACCCGUGAUCUUCAGUCACUUCAUAGGGACCUCAGCCGUUUUCUCGAUUGCCCAGGAACCAACGGCCCCGCAACCGAUGCAGCCGAGGUGCAGCUGAGACAGUGGAUGGAAAGACUGAGACAAAUGACAAGGCAGGGGAACUUGGGUGCAGCUCUGCCCAACCUCCAAGGGCUCCUGGACGACAUCUCAGCAAUCCCAGCGCCGCCUAUCGACCCAGAUUUGGGCGCUAUAUGCCACGGCCUUGUUAACGCAGGACCCUUCGUGCCUUUGUUGCAUGAAACGCCGCUGGCGGCCGCAGCGACGCCGUUUGUCCAUGGGCCGUUCUACGUCGCGGAGGUGAGUAUGAAUUCUGCUACAGGCUUGCCGGAUGUCGUCAGUGUUGACAGAAGCAGGACCUUCCACCGACCUAAUGCCAAUCAUUCUGGGUCGGAUACGGAUUAUGCUGAUGUUGCUGAGGACACGCGGCCCGCUGGGCGGUUUUGGAACGGUCUUGGGGCCGAAAACCAGGGUUCAACAGACGAGGUUAUGACUCUAAUCACGUCCAAUUACGCUUUUGAUGGCGCGCUCAGCGAGUUUUAUGGUUCGGUCAAAGGCCACAGGGCGGCCAACAUGAUCGACCCCCGCGCCCAUUUUGAUUGGUUUGCGAUUUUUCGAGGCUUCCGCCCGAGGUCGACCACCAAAGGCACAUUUGUGCCUGACAACCCUGUGGACAGGCACAGAAGUUUUAAUGCGAUGCCAAAAGCCGACAUAACAGACCUGCGAAAAGCAAUCAACCCAUCUGACAAGUCGCCUCAUCCCCAGUGGGGCUAUGACAUACUGUUUAAAACUUCGCAAACGGGUCCGACUACGUUUUCCAUUCAAGCAAGCCCCAAGUGGAAGGGCCGUUACCCUCACACGUCAAUACGCACUGUCGCUCUGUUCAUCCUCUUCGAGGGCUACCAUUAUCCCGCAGAGCAGCUGAAGUCACUCAAUUGCAAUAUGCGCAGCUCAAUCUGGCCUAGUUCGGAUCAUUUCAAUGAUCCGGGUAGUCAAUACAUGCGCUACGGCGGCACAACCUUUACGGCUGGCUCGGAGACGGCAACGAGCCGGGGCCAACAGCAUACGCAUACAACCACAACAUCUGAAUUCGGCGGCCAUAUUGGAUACGAUGAGACCCAUGACCAUCUAACCCCUUCAUUCUCUUGCAAUAUCUUGGAAUCGAUGUCAAUACGAGUCUGGAAAUGUGAAGCCUCAAGCGGACGAGGACAUCAGGAUCCGCCAGUGAUCUUUCACGGGAUCACAGAUAGGCAAGUACGAGCACUCGAUAAGCAGGAGAGUACAGCAGACAUGGCCCCAGGGUCACAGCUAAGACAGUGGUUCGAAAUCUGGCGCGUUGUCUUUCCUUUCACAGAGCCACCUCCCGGGUCGUGCUUUUUCAGUAGACGGGAGCUCGAAGUAUAUGAGCUGCGUCGGUUCUGGAAGAUAAACGGGGAAGAUAUCAUAUCCGAUGUGCUGGGACAGUACGGACUCCAGGAACACAAUAUUAAAAACGAGGAGAGAAACCUGGAAGCAUUGUACUCCGUCGCCGCUGAUCGUGCUGUGGAUGACUUGUUGCUCAUUCAGACCACUUAG